CUUUAUCAUUUGGAUCUCUUGAUUACACCUGAAAUGGGAAACAGCCACACAACCGCCUCGUCCACCGCCGAUGACACGACCGCGGCCGUCGAUCCGGCGAACCUCCAAGAGUACAACUCUGUGGCCAUCCCUCCCGGCGGCAUUAUUACCAUUCUUAGCAUCGACGGAGGUGGCAUCCGUGGCAUCAUUCCUGGCACCAUUGUCGCUUAUCUUGAAGAGCAACUUCAAGCGCUAGACGGUCCGGAUGCAAGAGUUGCGGACUACUUCGACGUGAUUGCCGGAACCAGCACCGGCGGGCUGAUGACCACCAUGUUAGCCGCGCCAGACAAGAACAAACGCCCCCUCUACGCGGGCAAGGAUCUCGUCCCUUUCUACAAGGAGCACGGACCAAAGAUCUUUCCAUCAGCUGGAAUAUUUGAAACGGUCAGAGACACAACCAGGUUACUCUCAGGUCCCAAGUACGACGGGAAAUACCUUCACCAGUUACUAAAGAACCUGUUGGGAGAUACUCGGUUGGGUCAAACUUUGACUCACGUUGUCAUUCCUACCUUCGAUAUCAAGACCUUCCAGCCCACAGUUUUUAAUACUUGCGACGUUAAGGAUUCCCCCGAAAAGAAUGCUAAGUUGUCCGACAUAUGCAUCGGAACCUCCGCCGCUCCGACUUACUUACCCGGCCAUUACUUCGAGACCACCGAUGCUAACGGCGCAAAGGUCGAGUACAACCUCGUCGACGGCGGAGUAGCAGCAAACAAUCCGACUCUUGUCGCGAUUAGCACGGUGACGCAAAGGAUGGUGAAUAAGGAUCCGAAGUUCUUGUUAGAUAAUCCGUCGAAGCAGCCAAUUGGAUGCCACCGGUUCUUGAUAUUGUCGAUCGGUACCGGCACGGCGAAAUACGGUUCCAAGUACACGGCGAAGCAGGCGGCGGGGUGGGGUGUUUUGGGGUGGCUGUCUCAAGGAGACGGUAACCCUUUGAUUGAUGUGUUCUCCGAUGCAAGUUCGGAUAUGGUGGAUUAUCAUAUCGCCACCAUUUUCCAAGCCCUUAAUGUGGGAGAUAAUUAUCUUCGUAUUCAGGAGGAAAAUUUACGAGGGACAGCAUCCUCGGUGGAUAUUUCGACCAAGGAAAACUUGAAUGCGCUUGAACAGGUUGGCAAAAACUUGUUGAAAAAAGCAGUUUCGAAGUUGAAUCUCUUUACAGGGCAGUAUGAACCGAUCGAAGGAGCUGGAACAAACCAAGAUGCUUUGAAAAGGUUUGCUAAAUUGUUAUCCGAAGAAAGGAAACGCCGAAUUACCGUUUCUGCUGCCGGCGGCCAGUAACUAAUUUGUUGAUGGGUGAUUUACGCUACCCCAAAAAUACUUCUUUAAUUAAUUACACAAUAAUGACAUGCAAUGUUUUUAAUUUCUGGUUCUUGAAUUGUUGUCAUGGGCACGAUAAAGGUUUAUAGUAACUUUUUUUGUAUUGUACAAUUUAUUAAUUACAACAUUAGAAUGAGAAUUUUUAUGCUGAUGUCGUGUAAUCGUAAUGGUGUCAAGUAGACUACUUUAGUAUCAAAGCCUGCACCCAAACUCUAUGGGUCCAUAUAGUUAAACGGCAAAUUAUUGUGUGGAUCAUGGUCCACAUAGUUGUGUGAAUUACGGUUCAAAACGAUGUUAUUUUGAUGUUUUAAAAAAAUUCUUGUUCUGCGCACAUAUUUGAAUAGUAAACAUUCUUGAGUAAGAUAAUAUAUUUUAUGAAUUGAAAUAA